GCUCAGUAAAUCCAGUCAAUGACGUAAAAAGAAGUGUAAGGAAGCGCUUCCCCAACAGGAAGUUGAUGUGUAGUGUGUUUAGUUUCUGGAGCGAUGGCGGAGAACAUAGACGGAGAGAGUGCUGGACUCGGGGAGAACAGGAUGGUGUUACAGCAGGCUUUACGUUUUCAUAGCCCUGCUCCACCACCUACCACAGUUUUGAGAGGACCUCCACCAUUACUACGACCCCCACCUCCACCCUUUGGCAUGAUGAGAGGACCCCCACCGCCCCCUAGACCCCCUUUUGGCAGACCACCAUUUGACACCAAUAUGCCACCUAUACCUCCACCCGGAGCUUUGCCCCCACCCAUUGGACCCCCACACUUGCAGAGGCCACCGUUCAUGCCCCCACCAAUGGGUAACAUGCCCCCUCCUCCUGGUAUGAUCUUUCCGCCUGGAAUGCCUCCGUCGCCAGGAACUGGAGCGGUUUCAAGCUUGACUAGUGAUGAAAUCUGGGUAGAGAACACCACACCAGAAGGAAAGGUAUAUUACUACAAUGCCCGGACACGUGAGUCGGCCUGGACCAAACCAGAGGGAGUAAAGAUCAUCCAGCAGUCGGAGCUCAAUCCACUAAUGGCAGCUCAGUCUGGAGGAGCUGCAGCAGCUCCUAACACCACUGCCUCUACUGCAGCAAGCAGCACUACUACGGUUGUGCCUGACCCGGUCUCCAUUCAGAGCCUGUCCCCCACCCACACCCUCAGCACCAGCCCUGACCCCACUACCAGUCCAGCCCCCACUGCCUCUCAACCUUCCACUACAUCUGUUGUUUCUGAGAUGCCUCCAGUGGCCUCCACACCUCCUGCUAGUGUAGGUGUGACCCCUGUUGCUGUGGUCAGUGUUCCUACAGUAACUGCUACAGUCACUGCAGUGCAGACGAUGCCACUGUUGCCUCAAAGUCUCCCUCCUGGCCUGCCCAUGCCCCAGCCGACCGCUGCAAUCCCAGCAUUUCCCCCGGUCAUGGUACCUCCAUUCAGAGUGCCUCUACCUGGCAUGCACAUCCCACUGCCCGGUAUGCUGCCAGGGAUGGCCCCUCCCCUUGUACCCAUGAUGCAUCCCCAGCUAGCUAUAACUGCAUCUCCUGCAUCUCUUAUGGGGGCUCUUCCACUUCCCGAAUGGUCUGAGUACAAGACAGCUGAUGGGAAAAUGUACUAUUAUAACAAUCGCACUCUGGAGUCCACCUGGGAAAAACCUGCUGAGCUAAAAGAGAGAGAUAAGGACAGUGACAAGUCUAAAGAUGGCCAUACCAAUGAUUCAGUUUUAAAGGAUAUAGACAUGGAAGCUAAAGCUGACAACUUUGGCAUUUCUAAAGAGUUGCUCAGGGAAGAAGAGAUGACAGAGGAGGAAAAAGCAGCACAGAAGGCAAAACCUGUAGCCACAAACCCAAUUCCUGGUACUCCCUGGUGCGUAGUCUGGACUGGAGAUGACCGUGUGUUUUACUACAACCCCACCACACGACUGUCCAUGUGGGACCGACCUGAGGAGCUGGUGGGUCGUGCUGAUGUGGACAAAUACAUUCAAGAACCCUCCCACAAAAGGGGGGUAGAUGACAACAAGAAAAUAGGUUUCAACAAAGAGGAGAUUGACACAGCCAUAGAGGACACACUGGACGAUGAGCCUUCUAAGGCUAAGAAGAGAAAGAAGGACGAUAUGAAGGAGGCUGACGCAGAGAAAGACGCGGCCGUGGAGGCCGAGCUGAAGGCUGCUCGCGAUCGGGCCCUGGUGCCCCUGGAGGCCCGCAUGAACCAGUUCAGGGACAUGCUGCUGGAGAGAGGGGUUUCAGCUUUUUCCACUUGGGACAAAGAGCUGCACAAGAUUGUGUUCGACCCUCGAUAUUUGCUGCUCAACCCCAAAGAGAGGAAACAGGUGUUUGAUCAGUACGUGAAGACUCGUGCUGAAGAGGAGAGAAAGGAGAAGAAGAAUAAACUCAUGCAGGCUAAAGAUGACUUCAGGAAGAUGAUGGAAGAUGCCAAACUUCACAUUAGGACCACGUUCAGUGAGUUUGCAGCGAAACACUCUAAGGAUCCUCGCUUCAAGGCCAUUGAGAAGAUGAAGGACAGAGAGGCCAUAUUCACAGAGUUCAUGACAGCCUUGAGAAAGAAGGACAAAGAAGACUCCAAAAACAAAGUAGAAAAGGUGAAGCAGGACUUCUUUGAUUUACUGUCAGACCACCAUGUGGACGUCUCUCAGCGCUGGAGCAAAGUGAAGGACAAGGUGGAGACCGACCCGCGCUACAAAGCCGUGGAGAGCUCAGCUGCUAGAGAAGAACUGUACAAACAGUAUGUGGAGAAACAGGCGAAGAACAUGGACGCAGACAAGGAGAAAGAGCUGGAACGGCAGGCUCGUAUCGAGGCCAGUCUGAGGGAGAGAGAGCGGGAGGUGCAGAGGGCUCGAUCUGAACAAACCAAAGAGAUUGACAGAGAGAGAGAGCAGCAUAAACGAGAGGAAGCUGUCCAACACUUUAAAGCGCUCAUGUCAGAUAUGGUUAGGUCAACGGAUGCUUCCUGGUCAGAAACGAGGCGCAAUCUGCGUAAAGAUCACCGCUGGGAGUCUGCUGCUCUGCUGGAGCGACAUGAGAAGGAGAAAUUGUUUGAAGAACAUGUGGAGGCUCUUACCAAGAGGAAGAAGGAGCAUUUCAGGCAGCUGUUGGAUGAGACCUCCAUGAUCACCCUAACAACCACAUGGAAGGAAGUGAAGAAGAUCAUCAAAGAUGACCCACGCUGCAUCAAGUUCUCCAGCAGUGAUAGAAAGAAACAACGGGAAUUUGAAGAUUACAUUAAGGACAAAUAUAUCACAGCCAAAGCUGACUUCAGAACUCUCCUGAAAGAAACCAAAUUCAUCACGUAUAGAUCACGGAAGUUGAUCCAAGAGUCAGACCAGCACCUAAAAGAUAUUGAGAAAGUCCUUCAAAAUGAUAAACGUUUCCUGAUCCUAGACUGCGUCCCAGAAGAACGCCGCAAACUCAUCAUGUUCUACAUUGAGGACCUGGACCGCCGGGGACCCCCACCUCCCCCAACUGCCUCAGAACCCAGCCGCCGCUCCACAAAGUGAAGGCGUAGUGAACCUUAGAGGACUGAGCAUGAGUCAGCUCUGCACUCAUCAUAGCACAGUGUUAAAGACUUGUAUUUUUGAAACGUCUGUGUUAUCUACUCAAACUGUGCAAGAUGAUGCCCUGUACGCCCACUAGUUGUAGGCUAGCACAAGGCAAUUUGUUAAUGUCAAUCUAUGAACUUCAGUCGUCAGGCAGGGAAUGCAUUUGAACUUGUUACUUGCACUUGGUACUGCAGCCUCCUGUGAGAGUGGGUUAUCAAUUGUAGCAGGCUGUUAAUCCAACAGGCCAAUGCAGACUUUGUGAAAUGAGUCGUGUACCUUGCAGUACAUGUGAAAUGUUUCUUAAAGUGGUUUGAUUUGGACUUGUUGCUAUAUUUCUGUAUGUGUUGAAUGGAAAUAAAUGCAACCUUUUUGUUUUUUUUAGCAA